AUGGAUGCUGCUGUGAAUCGGCCAACCCGGCCACGCUCUUUAGACAGUGUAAGAAGACUGUCUACCCAAGGCUGCUUUGAGAACACCCUGAAGUUUAUUUGUGAGUUUAAGCCUGGUGAUGAGGAUCAAGAUAUCAGCACGGGCUGCGAGCCGAUAUCAGUCACCCUCCCUGCACAGUGCAGUGUCUACCAAUUGAGGCUCCGCAUCUGUAUGGAGGCACAGGAGCAAAACUGCCACCCAGACCCUUUUGCAAUAUUGGACCCCGAGAAAUACAGCCUGCUCUAUGCCAGGGGUGGCGACUGGUAUGAAGCCUACGAUGACUGUCAGGUUAUCAGGACAUUAGACAUUCCAUGGUUACGUAAUGACCCUCAUUGCCUAUCAGCACACAUAAUAGUAAAACCACCUGUGGCAGUUGAUCCAGAGGAGAACGAGAAACAGCAGCAGUGCCUGACUUAUCUGAUCGGACAUGACCUGGAGAAAGAAGCAUCUGAUAGACUUGGUGAGCUCACCUUCACCCGUCGGAAACUGGCAUCUGCUAGGAAACAAGAGCUGAAGAAACGGGAUGACAAGUUGUAUGCCACAGAGCCUUGGAUAACGCAUACCGCCUUACCAGAAGAACUACAAGAAUGGCAGAACAGAGACUUUCCUGUCACCUUCCACUACAUAAGCAGGAUCAGCUUCAGCAUAAAGGCUGACCUCAGCACAACACCAGAACUUCUUCUUAAAGUUUUUGAAAGGGUGAUGAAUGACCGAGGGCUUAAAUACGACGGGCCUGAUAAUCUCGUGUUGAAAGUUGCAGGCAGGGAGGAGUUUUUAACUGGAGACUACGCCCUGAACGAUUUCCUCUGGGUGCGACAGUGCCUGAAAACCAACCAAGAGCUUCACCUCUUUGUUGUCCCUGUGUCGCAGCUUCCCUCAGAGGCUGUCAAAUUUGUGGACUGGCCACUUGUUGAUGGUUUUAGUGGCCAGUUCAGUUCCCACAAUGAUCUCAGCCUUAAAGGGAAGGAUUUGGAUGACAUCUUCAUGAUAUCCUUGUGGGACUGCAACAGAAAUUUCAGAGUCAAAUUGCUUGGAUUUGAUAUCCCACAACUUCCAAGCAAAUGCCCUCAGUCUGUUUAUGUUGAAGCAUCCAUACUCCAUGGUAACAAGGUCCUCUCUUCAGUGUCCUCCAUUCCCAAGCCCUUUUCAGAUGAAGUGCUGUGGAAUGAGUGGCUGGACUUUGAUGUUCUCCUUAGGGAUCUGCCACGCGGAGCUAAGCUGGGUCUCACUAUUAACGAAAGUCCUAGUGACAUGUCUGCAGCAACAAAAGUGUCAUCGCCUUCAAGCAACAAAACAAUAGACUUGCUGAAAGGGAGAGGAAAAGUGCUCUACUUUGUCAACCUACUCCUCAUAGAUCACAGGUCUGUUCUGAGCCAGGGGUCCUACACACUGCACAUGUGGCCACACCCUGGCCUGGAUGAUGAGGCCAUCACCUACCAAGCAGACAAGCUGUCAACUGCCACUAACCCAGACAUAGCUGACUCCAUGGCUAUCAGCUUCCUUUUAGACCGCUACAGCUUUCCUGUGGUUGUCCCAAAUACUGUUACCAACUCUGAAUGUUCCAACUCCAGAGAACGUGGCACUGAUGAAUCUCAUGUCCCCCCACCCUUGCCUAUCAAAAGAUAUUCUUUGCCAGCAAACUCACUGAGUGACAAUGUAACUCUCAAAUCCCCAACUACAGCCAUCAAUACCAAAAAGCCAUGCCUCAGAAGGUUUCGGGAGGAGAGUGUCCGCUAUGCCUCCAGUCUACCCCAGUACUUGCGUAAUGUUGACUGGAUGAACCGCAAUUCGGUCGAAGAUGUCCACUGGCUACUGGGAUACUGGCAACCCGAGGAACUGGAUGUAACAGUGGCAUUGGAGCUACUAAGCAUGGAUUUUGCAGACGAGUUUGUCAGGAGACUGGCAGUGAAGAGACUGGAGAGUCUGUCUAAUGAUGAUGUGCUGAAGUAUUUGCUUCAGCUUGUGCAGAUCCUAAAAGUGGAACCUUACCAUGACAGUUUCCUCGCUCGGUACCUCAUCCAAAGAGCUCUGCGGAGCAAAAGAAUCGGACACUUCUUCUUCUGGUACGUUCGCAGUGAGGUAGCAGGGUGUCCGUAUUUCCGACAGCGCAUGGCUGUGAUUCUGGAGGCCUACCUGCUGGGCUGUGGUCAGGCCAUGCUCGACAGCUUCACCCAGCAGGUCCAGGCGGUGGAGGCCCUGCAGGAGGUCGCUGUCAUCAUUAAAAACCUGUACCCUGACAAGACCAACCUUGAUUCUACAACUCCCCUCCGGCUUCAGGAACUUCUUAGAGACAGUAACCUGCCAAAUGAAUUCUUGCUGCCCUUUGACCCUCGCAUUAAAUGUGGAAGGAUCCUGCUCAAUAAAUGCAAAGUAAUGGCCUCAAAGAAGAAGCCUCUGUGGCUGGAGUUCUCUCCCAUGCCAUCGCCUACCUCUGCCACACCUGUUGGAAUAAUCUUCAAAGAGGGGGAUGACCUCAGACAGGAUAUGCUGGUCAUUCAGGCACUGGUUCUGAUGGACUCCAUCUGGAAGGAGAAAUCCCUGGACCUCAAUCUUGUUCCAUAUGGCUGCAUCUCCACUGGACACAACAUAGGUAUGAUUGAGAUUGUGAGGAAUGCAACAACGAUCGCUGCGGUCCAGAGGAGCCAAGGAGGAGCAACUGGAGCCUUCAAAAAUAAUGCUCUGUUUGAGUGGCUCAAGUCCAAGUGUCCACUCCAGGAAAUUCACUUCAAGAACGUGGAGAGAUUUGUGAAUUCCUGUGCUGGUUACUGUGUGGCCACAUAUGUACUGGGUAUAGGCGAUCGACACAAUGACAACAUCAUGAUCAGAGAAGACGGGAACUUGUUUCACAUUGACUUCGGACACAUCCUGGGUAACAGGAAGCACUUUCUUGGCGUGAAAAGGGAGCGAGCACCUUUCGUCCUCACACCUGACUUCCUGUAUGUCAUGGGCAGGGUCGAUGGUCGCAACAGCCUCUACUUUCAGCGGUUUAGGGACACCUGCACAGAAGCAUACCUCUCCCUGCGCUCCCACUCUCGUCUGUUGGUGACUCUUUUCUCCCUCAUGCUGCUCACGGGCAUCCCAGAGCUGAGUGCUGCAGAGGAUAUGCGCUACUUGCGGGUGGCGCUCCAGGAGGAGCAGAAUGAGGCAGAUGCCAGGGAGCACUUUCUCCAACAAAUCUCUGAGUGUGAGAAGCUGGGCUGGACUGUGCAGGCCAACUUCUGGAUCCACAUGAUGGGAGGCAUCAAGUAG